ACAAGAGGCAUAUUUUGAAAAGUUUGUGCGUCUGUAUAUAUAUAUACACUAAAAACAGACGGACAGACAUACAGACAGACGCCAGACGCACGCAAUCACGUUCUUACAUACCACACUAUACAGCACAGAGCGGUGGCAGCGUCAUGUGGGUUUGCUUGGGCGCCUUGGUACUGAUGGGCAGUGUUGUUCUACUGAGCUGCCUGGCCAGUCUGCAGCACUACUACUUUGCUCUGCUCGAGUCCAUUUUCGGCUAUGCCAAUGCGCAGCUGCAACAGAACCGGCUGCAACUGGAGCGCCAGGAACGGGAGGCGGCGAGAGUUCACUCCACGAUACUGCCGGAGGUGCCGCCACAGAAUCUCUAUGCCGUUAAAGACAAGCUGAAUGUUCACAUGGAGCAGUGCUGUGACGUACUGUCCGCCGGUCUGUGCGUCGUGUUGGAGGAUGAGGUGACGCCUCGUUUUGCUGCUGCCCAUCAAUCCGGCGACGCUUGGAAUUUGCUGACGCGCACUCUUAGCCACAAGCGACGUUUUCUCAACAAGCGAUUGCGUCUGCUCUGGAUCUGUGGCCUAUUAUUGCGCUACAGUCUUCUGCUGCCUUUACGCGUAGUGUCCUGUGCGGCCGCUCUGAUCAUCAUGACCUUUUGUACGGCUGUGCUGGGUCAGUUGCCGAGCUCUGAGUGCAAAAGACGACUCGUAAAGUUGGUGCUACGUCAAUGUUUUCGAUUGAUGGCGUGCUCCAUAUCGAUAGUUAGCAGAUUCCAUAACACCCAGUAUCGACCGUCCAUGGGCAUAUGUGUGUGCAACCAUACGAGUCCUUUGGACGUCCUUGUGCUUAUGUGCGACGUAAACUACUCGCUGACCGGGCAGCGCCAUGGCGGAAUACUUGGACUUGUUCAAAGAGCUCUGACGCGUGUCUCCCCACACAUGUGGUUCGAGCGACGAGCUCUUGUCGAGCGCGAGGCCUUAGGCAUUGUCUUGAGGCUGCAUGUGGCAAGGCGUGGCACCCCACCAAUCCUUCUUUUCCCAGAGGGCACGUGCAUCAACAACACGGCCGUGAUGCAGUUCAAAAAGGGAAGCUUUGCUGUAAGUAAUAUCAUCUAUCCCAUGGCUGUGCGCUAUGAUCGAAGAUUCGGGGAAACCUUCUGGGAUAGCAGCAGGUAUUCAAUGCUACGGUACAUGCUCAUGGUGAUCUCUUCGUGGUCCAUAUUAUGUGAUAUAUGGUAUAUGCCAGCCCUGCUACGACGACCUAGAGAAACGCCCAUUGAAUUUGCGAGCCGCGUCAAGGCCGAGAUUGCUGCUCAAGCGGGCAUUGAGGACUUGCCCUGGGAUGGCAACCUGAAGCGAUGGAGUCCGAAACGCGACUGGCAGUGAAAUGGGAGACUGGAGGAGGCGUUAGCUGCAGCGGCUAACAAAAUUGGUUCAAUAUUUCCAUAUUUUGUAGUGUUAUUAAGAGUAUUAAAAGGGCAUUUGUAAAACUAA